AUGACGAGCCCCGAAGCCAAUGCGGCGCCCCGGUGUCAGCCCGCCACCUUCUCAGGACGUCUCCGGCUCUCCGACUACGCGUUCAAGGGGCCUGGAUCAUCGACCGAUGUCUCCAUAUCAGCCGGCAGAAAGCGGAAAACACGUUCCUCAGUCAGAGUAAAACCAGGAGCAGAAGAAGAGGGAGAUGGCAGCGACGUCAAGGAGGAGGAGACGCAGGAAAGGAAAAUAGAGAAGAAGAAGAAGAAGAAGAAGCAGUCCUCAUCAUACGCACCGCCGUCCACAUACGCCCACCUCCCUCUCCUACCGGACGCCAUAGGUCCGGACCUGAUCGUCCUGUUCGUCGGUCUGAACCCGGGGCUCGAGACGGCCCGGACCGGCCACGCCUUCGCCCACCCGUCCAACCGCUUCUGGAAGCUGAUGUACUGGAGCGGUGUGACCCCUCGGCUCUGCGAGGCCCGCGAGGACGGGCACCUGCCCGCCCUCUUCUCCCUGGGCCUGACCAACAUCGUCGGUCGGCCCAGCCGUAAUGCCGCCGAGCUCAGCAAGUCCGAGAUGGACGAGGGCGUGGCCGCUCUCGAGGACAAGGCGCGCCGCUGGAGACCGGAGGCCAUGUGCAUCGUCGGCAAGAGCAUCUGGGAGUCUAUAUGGCGUGUCAGGCACGGCGGAAGAGGUCCCACCCGUGACCAGUUCAGGUACGGCUGGCAGGAUGAGUCGGAGAACAUGGGCGUCGUCGCCGCCGCCGGCGCCCGCGACGAUGACGGCGACCGCGACGACGGAUGGCCCGGUGCCAGGGUCUUUGUCGCCACUACGACUAGCGGCCUCGCUGCGUCCAUGUCGAUCGAGGAGAAGAAGGAGGUCUGGAACCAUCUUGGGUCGUGGGUCAAGAAGAGACGGGCUGAGAGGGGGGAACAGUAUACUCCCUCAUGA